UUAUUGAAGCCCGUAUGCCGCUCUAGUUUGUAGAGGACUUCCAGAUUGAUUUUCGACUUUUCUUACAUCUACUUUUGCAAACAUGCCCUUAAGAUAGAAGAAACCUUUGGAAAUGCACUAUCUACAUGUAUUUGCCUUGUCUUUAUCUGCGUCGCUGUUUGCGGAAGCUUCACUCCCUCUAGUCAUAAACACUUGGCCGUUCCAAGAUGCAACUGCAGCAGCGUGGAGCGCCUUGCAGAGGGGAGAGAGUGUGCUGGACGCGGUGGAGACGGGCUGCGCGACCUGCGAGCGGGAGCAGUGUGACGGCAGCGUGGGCUAUGGGGGGAGUCCAGACGAGACCGGAGAGACAACGCUGGACGCCAUGAUCAUGAAUGGAGACUCAAUGGAAGUGGGUGCAGUGGCAGAUCUGCGCAGGGUCAAGAACGCCAUCAGCGUGGCCCGAGCCGUGAUGGAACACACCACACACACACUGCUCGUAGGGGAGAUGGGUAAAAAUGUGUCUCCUGAUCCCAGAACAUCUUGCGGGCCCUACAAACCCAGUGUGGAGGUGAAGAGGAUGGAUGAGCAGAACCACACCAGGCUGGACGUCCACUCGCAUGACACCAUCGGAAUGGUUGUGAUUGGUCGUAAUAGGAGUGUGGCAGCUGGGACAUCCACCAAUGGAGCCAGGCACAAAGUUCCCGGUCGAGUAGGGGACUCUCCUAUCGCUGGUGCAGGGUCGUACGCAGACAGUACUGUGGGAGGAGCCGCUGCCACAGGCGACGGUGAUGUGAUGAUGCGUUUCCUGCCCAGCUUCCUUGCGGUGGAGCUGAUGAGAAGGGGCAUCGAUCCGGCCAGCGCGUGUAAAGCUGCCCUGACCAGAAUCAAGACGUAUUACCCAGGGUUCUUUGGCGCCGUCAUCUGUGCCAACAUCCAAGGAGAGUACGGUGCAGCCUGCAACCGUGUGCCCGGAUUCAGUCAGUUCUCCUACAUGGUGUCCACCCCCCUGACCAACAACCCCCUCCUUAAGAAGGUGGACUGCUUCUGAUCACUGAGCAGGUGGCUUAUCUGUUAUGUAGCUGUAAAAUAACUGUUGAUUUAUUUUUUAAUGAAAUUGUGAAAAUUGUGUAACUGCCUUUUAACUAAUAAUGUUUUAAAUAAACUUUUUUUUUGCACAUUU